UUGAAAGGCAAGGUCAAAGAUGAUACUCAGCUAAAAACCGUCCACCAGAACACGAUCUCGACAGUACGCGUUUACGAAUCCGAUGGCGGACAUGUCACAAAAUUUAGCAUUGCCUAUGUGUCUGGCACGCUAUUAAUACCAACCUAAGGCCGCCCUUUUCCUCUUAGCCUUCUAGAUUACCUGCCUCUGCAACUCAACCAUACGAAAAAUGGUAUCAUCACCCAGCGAUUUCAUCUAUCGGAGUCGAGAUACCUCUCUCGCUUUAUCCGCUCAGAUUAAUCCGACUAUGGAAUCUUUACAGGCCACGGCUUCUAGCACUUGCCAACACCAUGAGCCGCCGGCAUCUAACUACACGCCUUGGGAAACGGUUAGUCACGGGUUACCCGAAUGUACUAGGCCGAGCCGGCGUGCUACGUUUCCGAACGCCCAGCGCCAUAAUGAACAUCAAGGCGGGUUGCAACACGAGCUCCCACGCGCAAUAUAUGCUCCUAUGCGUCGCGUUUGCCUAGCUUGUCAUCAGGAUGAAACACCAAACUCUCCAUCAGUUGGUACUGUGCCGGAAACUACGGUACCCCAGUAUCAUCACGAGCCCACAGUCCUUGCUUCAUCUGCUCCUUUGACAGACAGCGACCGUCCAUAUGCUCCUAGCAUAGGUUCAGACAAUUCGUCCCAGGUCCGCUUUCCUAUUCCACGCAUAGCAGAUCCCACAUCUUUUCCAGGUCAUUCCUCCCCGGCAGCCACACGGGACACCGGUAGUCGAACAUCCAGCACCUAUAGCAGCAAUCCCGAACGGGUAAACCGUAUCUUCGCUACUGUCCAUGCCGUACAUGACAUAUGCCUACAGUCUACCAAGACGUGGCUAGACACACACCUUGUGAAUCGCCGCGCAAGGGCGAGUAAUUCGUCACUGCUAUCGGGCCAACAAGCGGACUCCGCAGACGGCACCUCUACUCCUAUCCAUCUAAAAGUAGAGGGCGGCUCUGAAAAGGGUAUCAGCAGCGAAAGUAAAGGAUCGUACGCCGACAUUAACAGGAAUGGGAGUGCUCGGGGAAACGGCUGCGGCCCGAUUCCCCCGUCGACAAACUCGCUCCUCAAGAAUAUCAGCAGUAUCUGUAAUAUGCUAUGGGUCGGCUCUCAACGGGACAGGCUAGACGUCCUCAACGUCGAGCGUACGACCGUCGGAAUCAUGAGCCAUCUCCUAUGCUGGGCCGAGACGGUUGCGCUGGGCGAUUACGACGAGUGGAAGAUGGCCGAAGAGGAGGCGCUUCUCCAGGUCCUUCAGGCAGGUCAAAACCUGUGCAACUGGCUCGACGUGCCACAUGGGAUUCAAGCUAUUGAAGUAUUGUAUCACAAUAUUACGGAGUCGGGAUACGAAGUGAUUUGAGCGAAAAGGGGGCGUUUGAUCUUAUAAGGAGUCUUGUACGAUUGCACCUGACUCACUGGCGUAGCGAAACGAUAGUUGUUCGUCUUGGGUAGAUUAGUACACGUCGUAGUCGCUACACCUUGAAUGGGUCUCGUUACGUAGAUUAGGAAAUUGGAAAUUCAUGGAAUGACCCCAUUCUAUGCUAUCAUUACAGAUAAUUUUAAACAGGUCUAACGAAUCGAGGAUCGGUGCGGAUGAGUA